AUGAAAGGCAUCCUCAUUGCUGGUGUCUUUGCAGCAUUUGCCAUCACAGUUAUAGACUCCCUGGAGUGUAGACAAUGUCAGUCAUUGAAUAACAGCUGCAGUAUCCAAGUUGUAACAUGUGAGGAAGGGUCCUUGAGUUGUGUGGAGUCCUCGGUCAACUCUACUCUAGGAGGGUCCUUGUAUUCAUACCAGAACAAGUUCUGCUCAAAAAGUAAUUGCACCAAGAACGAAACCACCCAAGUGGCCUUCACAGUGCAUGUGUUUGAUGACCAAAGCUACCAUUUUGCAAGCCAGUGCUGUCAAGAUGGGCAAUGCAAUGACAUCAACCCUGGCUCUAUAUCACAGACUGUCACCAACACCCAGUGCUCUGCUUGCUAUAGCUAUAACACAACCACCUGCCAGGAGAAAACCCGGCAGUGUUUCGAAGGAGAACAAUGUGUCCACAUCAUUGCUGUGCAAGUAAAUGAUACUGAACAUAUGUUGGAGCUUAAAGGCUGUUCUGAUAUCAGCCAGUCUGUUUGUGAAACCCUGGCUCCUGAGAAUACAACAUUUGGAGAAUUCAUUUUCCAGAAGGUUCAAUGCACAAAUGCAACCAAAAUCUCAUCAACCACCACUCUGGCCGCCACCACCACGACCAGCACAGCGAUUAAAGCUUCCUUCGCCUCUUCUGUCUUCGGCAGCCUCCUUCUUCUGAAGCUGCUAUUCUGA